AUGGAACUGGAACUGUGGACAUUUUAUUGUUUUGGUUUCUUUUUUCUUAUGGUGAUCGAUAAAUUCAAUGAAUGGUACGUAUCAGCGUUUGUUACAGCCAGUCGUAUGCGAUUUAUUGUACUUCACAAUCAAAAGAACGAUGAUGGUAUUAGGCAGUUUUUCCAGGAGAUAUAUGAAAUUUACAUAAAACUUUCAAUGAACCCUUUUUAUACCAUAAAUUCGCCGAUAAAUUCUCAAAAAUUUGAACAAAAAGCAAUAUUUUUUGGCAAAAAAUUUCUUUGUUCUUGA